AUGCUUGAGGCUGAGACGUCUUCCAGGGAAGAGCCGACCAUCCACCCAGCCCCCCUCCUGCUGCCCAUGGGCCGCUCGACGAGGGCAUUGGACGACCUUGGUUGCCCGGCCUCCCCUGCUCGCAUCCCUGCCUCUAAGAAGUGUAAGGGUGUUGAUCGUCCAGUCCCACCUCCUCCUCCUCAGAAGACCCUGUCCAACGACAUGGGCAGGGAUUGCACAACAGGCCACUUCAAUGCCUCCCCCGCCUCCUGGCUUGGGACCGCAACAAUGCGGGCCUUCCCCUCCCCCCUCAUUCCUGACAGGGCCGAUGAAGACCUCCCCUCAUCAAUCCGUCCCUUCUUUCACUUCCGAGGGCCCCACCAGAAGCAGGUUCUCAUGUCGUUCAGGGGUACCCCUCCUGACGUCAUGAAGUUUUUCACCGAGUCGGCUGUUCGUGCGGCCAACGGGUACCUCAGGGAUGGCCGUUCCAUGUUGAAGGUCACCUCCAUUGUCCGUGCCUAUGACACUUUUAGCCUGUCAGUUUGUCACGCUCUUCAAGAGUGGUUUGAGGCGGAUGAUCUCCGCCGCAUUACCUUCGUCUAUGUCCCAUCCGCUCUACGUGGGAUAUCCAUGGUGAAGCACACAAACGCGCUUCGCUCUCGAGCGGCGCACUCAGUCCUGGACUCGUGGAAUUCCACUUUCCAGGAUCCAACUUACCGAGGCUCUGAAUUCUUAGAGCUUCAACAGCCUGACGGGCGGCUGCUACAGCCAUCAUACCUCAAUGGGGGACCUUGGCUUUCAACCUUCGGACACAGUAUCACUGAGUUCGCCCGCGUCUGCUGGUGUAUAACUGGCCACGUGCCCAUUGGAGCGUAUUACCGUCGCUUCAAGAUCAAUGAGCCUCAUGGCUGCACUUGCGGGGCUGCUUUGCAGUCUCGCCAGCAUAUCCUCUUUCGCUGUUGUGAUAGAUAUUCUGUACACUAUCCCCGCUUUCUUGGGGAUAUUGCAUCUUUUAUGAAGUACAACCCCACAGCGUUUGGCUUCAACCGAGACCCUUCGGGUGUCGGAUAA